AUGACAGCGAAUGAUCUGCGCCAAGCGAAGCCGAUCGAACUGGGUGCGGGCGUGCCAAUGACAUCGGGACAGGCUCAACAAGGUAAAACAGCGCCGGACAGCUUGCUGGCUGUCAAUAAAGAUCUGCAAGAGGAAAAACAAGCUGCGGCCAAAGCAGAAGAUAGGCGUGCAGAAUCUUACGCACGAAUGAAAGUUGCGCUACAAAGCAAAGGGGCAAAUGUCGUAUAG